AUGACCACCCCUUUGACAUCUCCAAAAAUCCACUCGAACUACAGUCCGCAGCGACUGACAAGUCAAGUCGGCUCGGAAACUUGGACGGGGCCAGUCUGCCGGAUCUGUCUGCGAAGUGCAGCCUCGAGCGAGCUGAUCGAGCCGUGUGGCUGCGCCGGAUCGGUCGCCUUCGUCCACCGCGAAUGCCUUGGCCGUUGGGUGGACACGACGCAGAAAACGCUCUGCGGCAUCUGCCAUCAGCACUACGAAUACGAGAAGCACGGGCUGAGGCCGUUCCGUGAAUGCACUUGGCCGCACGCGCUUGGCUCUUACUGGGAGGACGAGGUUCGAAAGGAGAAAAAAUCGUACGGGCUUUCUGAUAUCCCAGAAGUCAUCGGGGCGGCGGUUGGCGGAAGUGCGGCGUGGUACAAAAUUUGGUGGUUCAUCUUUGCCCUCAAUUUUGUCUACUACGGCACCGUCCUCGUGCUCGUCACCGAACAAUGGAUCGUCGAAAACACCGUCUACACGUUCAAAAACAAGGCCAAAAAGCAUCGG